AUGUCCUUUACUUUGUACUCAGCAGCAAAUCUCAAAGUACUGACAGUCUGUCUGUUUGUCAUGAUAGGCAAAGUGAGGAUGAAACAACGUUUUAAAGAAUUACAUGUCAAGUGUACAAACGAGAGUCAGCUGAUGCAAGUAUCUGGAUAUACCCAAAAAUAUUUUAACACAGACAAUUACAGAGCCCUGAGGGAAGAUCUGAGGAACUCGCCGAUCCAUUGUAUGUGGGAAAAGAGCUGCAUUAUCAAGACGAGAAAGGGGAGAAAAAGGAAAGAAAAAUGGUUUGAGAAAAACAUGAGAUGUUUAAAAAAAGAGACCAAAAUCUACGAUUUGAUUUCAAAUGAAACAUUAGAAAGGUCCCCCAGUGACGUCAUGAUUCGAGAACUGGGAGAUCAGACAAUAAUUGUUCGAAGUCAUCAGAAUUUCCCUUGGAAUUACAAGUAUUGUUAUACUAACUCUAUUCAUUCUUUAAAUUUUAAAACUGAGCGGAAACAUCUUGAAAUGAAAGUGGCACUGCGGGUUCUCUGGUCUGAAAUCAACGAAAAACAUGACGAACUUUUCCUUCAGCACGGAAACGUUUUAAAACAGAUAUCAAGGGGAUCUGGCUAUCUAGAAAUUAAUAUUACCGAAUUAAAGGAUGUUAAACUGAAGUUCAAAACAGAUUAUAUGCCUCUUAAAACUUGUGAGACUUCUGUGGAAAAGGGUUUUCUUAUUUGUAUGAAAUUCUUAAGCAGGGACCAGCAGAGGUAUCCUAUCUGUGAUGAAGUGGUGGACGAUGUAACCUUAAAUUCUGAGAAGAAAGGUUAG